GGGGCGGCCCCGGCUCGUUGGGGUCCUGCGCGGCGGCGGCGGGCGGGUCGACUAGUCGGUGUCUCCUUCACUUCGUCCUCCAGUUCGAGCGGCCGCAGCCAGCGCGGUCUCCUCACGGCGAGACCCUCCCGGCUUCCCUCGGACAGCCCCGCCGGCCAGAUUCAUUAGAUUGGCCUAGCUAUGACUUAUCCUCCACCAUGUUCCCCUCCGCCUCCGAGACCUCCAAUGGCGAUCCCUCCAUCAUAUGCAGAUCUUGGCAAAUCUGCCAGAGAUAUCUUCAACAAAGGCUAUGGUUUUGGGCUGGUGAAACUGGACGUGAAAACAAAGUCUGCAAGCGGGGUGGAAUUCACAACAGCUGGUUCAUCAAACACAGACACAGGGAAAGUGAAUGGGAGCUUGGAGACCAAAUACAAAUGGGCUGAGUAUGGUCUGACUUUCACAGAAAAAUGGAACACAGAUAACACUCUGGGAACAGAAAUUGCGAUUGAAGAUCAGAUUGCCAAAGGUUUGAAGCUGACGUUUGACACAACCUUCUCACCAAACACGGGGAAGAAAAGUGGCAAAAUUAAGUCAUCUUAUAAACGUGAAUGCGUAAAUCUUGGUUGUGAUGUUGACUUUGAUUUUGCUGGACCUGCGAUCCAUGGCUCCGCUGUCGUUGGUUACGAGGGCUGGCUUGCUGGUUAUCAGAUGACUUUUGAUAGUGCCAAAUCAAAGCUGACAAGGAAUAACUUCUCUGUGGGUUACAAAACUGGAGACUUCCAACUGCACACUAACGUCAAUGAUGGGUCAGAAUUUGGUGGCUCAAUUUACCAGAAAGUGAGCGACAGUCUUGAUACUGCUGUAAAUCUAGCUUGGACAGCGGGCAGCAACAGCACUCGUUUUGGCAUUGCAGCUAAAUACCAGUUGGAUUCCACUGCUUCUAUCUCUGCAAAAGUGAACAACUCCAGUUUAGUUGGAGUGGGUUACACCCAGACCUUGAGGCCAGGUGUGAAGCUUACACUCUCCGCCCUGGUAGAUGGGAAGAGCAUCAAUUCUGGAGGUCAUAAACUUGGUCUUGGUCUGGAGUUGGAAGCUUGAAACAGCCGAAGGAACUGCUGCAAGGAAGGGAUAUCAGAAGAAUUUGGCCUUAAAAAUGUAUUUCCAGUGUGAUCAGCAGGCUUUUCAUCCCAACAGGGAUGACCUAGAACAAGAGCUGUAUUCAAAGUAUUUUAGACAGUUACUUGUUAGCUGGUUUCUAGUUAAAUUGGUUACCUAUCUAGUUAUCAAUUCUGCAUUAGUGCAGUCACUUAUACAUUAUUUAAAUGUAUUUAACUGUUUAAUGCGCUACCCACAAAUAAUGAAAUAGACCUUUAUGAAAACUGUA